AUGGCUUGCAGUAGGAGCAGUGAUGAUUGCAGCGAUGGAGAAUAAGAAAAUAGAAAAGUAUAUAUAAACAGUAAAUAUCGAACAAGGCAAGGCCCAUUUCGCAGACAGAGAAAAUAUUCGGACUUUCAAAAUGAUGAUUUUCCAGAAGAAGAUGUAUUUAAAAAGCUAGUUUUAUCAGAUGGGUUAUCAAGCGUAUCUCAAUAUAUAGAGGAAAAUGUACCUGAAGAAACAUUCAAUCGAUGGCUUAAAGGACGGCGAACAAAACUAUUAGUUUACAUGAAACGAAACAAACCCAUUUGUAUUGGUCCCUUUUUAAAAGAAGCUACACUGUGUUUUGAUCACACCAGCAGAAAUUGUCGACGCUUGAAUUGCAGCCAUUUUCAUAUUUGUAGUUUCUACCUAAACGAUAUUUGUAAACGUGGCAGAAAUUGCAAGAAAGGUCACGACUUUGACGAUGAUCAUAAUCAACAUAUAAUAGAAAAUCUCGAACUGGAAAAGUUUCCAGAAAAGGAAAUUAAGACUAUCAUUCUCUGCAGAUACCCACAGGUCUGUCGCAGUGAAACAUGUGCUUUGAGAGAAGAUUGUCCAUACCUUCACAUCUGCUACAAUUUCCUCAAGAACAAAUGCGAGUUUGCCAAUUGUACUAGGGGGCAUUCUUUUGACACCCCUCAUAACAACUGGGUCUUAAAAUCCUACAGAAUGGAACGAUGGUCGGGAGAAAAGUUAGCUUUGUUGAAAGCGUUAAUUAAUAUGCCACGACAUCAAAAACAAAUUGACUAUUCUAAUCAAUAUACACAUUUUGAUUAUAAUUCUGAAUCAGAAGAUAUGUCAACAUCCAAUAGUACUAAAGACUGCAAUGGCCACAAAAAAGACAUUUGUCUAGAUCAUCUGGUAGGGACUUGUCGAACAAGAGCCUGUGAUAAACACCAUACCAAUCUUCCCUACCUGUGGCAAAUUCACUUCCUUGGUGAAUGGUUGAGAUUUGAUGAAGAAGAAAACCAGUCACUGGAAAAAAGAUAUUGCAAUAUGAGAAGCAGUGCAAAAGGAAAGAUUUUUUCAAAGGGAUUCAUAAAGGAAAUUACUCUAAAUUUUAAAGAAGAAUACGGCACUUGUACUGGGGAAUCGGAAUCCUUACAAUAUCGACGGCUGUCAACAGCGUCGUUUGCUACGGAAAACGCUCCAUUGCAAAAGGGGUCUUUUCAUACCCAAUGGAGGUGGUACUUUAGAAAUGAUAAUCAUCAGUGGAUGCCUUUUGAUAAGGAUGAAUUGCUGUAUACUUUAGAAAAGAAAUACGUCACAGGACAAAAGUGCUAUUUAUUCACCAGGGAGAGUCAUAAACUCAAAUACAGAAUCAGUUUUGCCGAUUUGAAGCAGAAAAACCUUGAUACCCGAACAGUUCGGAAGAUUUUAAGACGACCAGUAUUCGUGUUUCGUACUGACAUAGUAUGUAGACAAUUUCCAAAAAGAUUGAAUAUUCAAGUUGUCUCUUCUGAUCCACAUCCACCGGAGUGGAAUGCAUUAGACCUGGCGCACGAUUUCGAGCUAGUUGAGUUAGACGAAACGCUUACAGAAUUCAUUGAUGUGAAGACGGCGUUUUCCGCAGAAUUAGAUGAAAAAAUCUUCAAGAUUUGCAACAUUUACCGUAUUCAGAAUUUACCUCUUUGGAAUGAGUACAAAAUGAAGAAAAUACAUCUAGAGAAAACCCAUGCAAAGAAGACUGGGAGGCUUGACGAAAGAACUCUCCUCCAUGGCACCGAUUCCUACGACACUUGUUAUGGAAUAUGCACGAAUAAUUUUGAUUUCCAGUUGAGCGGCAAAAAUGCAACCGUAUACGGAAAGGGUUCUUAUUUCGCCGCUUCGGCUAAAUAUAGUCACAACUACACAAGAGGCCCUUUUCAUCUAAUGUUUCAAGCAAAGGUCUUAGUAGGAAGCUACACAAACGGAAGCGGGGAUAUGACCUGUCCACCAAAUAUUCCGGGAGAAGGCCACAGAAGAUAUGACUCAUGUGUUGAUAAAACAUCUAAUCCAUCAAUAUUUGUUGUCUUCGACAGAAACCAAUGUUACCCUGAAUAUCUUAUUGCUUAUCAAAGCAAAUCUACCAAGAAAACUGCAGCAGCGGUGCAAAACAGAUAUCGGGCUGUAACAAACGUUAAUCACUCGGUAUUGGGAAGGACCACGCGCCAUACAGGGACUAGCAUUGCAAGUACAGAUACACCCGGAGAACCUCUGAACUCUGUAACCAACACGUCUCCUCCUGUCAGUACAACACUUCAAAGUACUUCAUCAGUUUUAAAUCGAGUUGUGUCUCAAACCUUUGAAAACCCCGGCUCAAAUGUUGCCGGAAGAAUGAAGAACGGUUGUACAAUUCAAUAACAGAAAUACAUUGUUAUUUCAAAGAACUGAUUUGAAUCCUAAUAAUGCUUAUAAACGCACAUAUGUUAUUAACAAGAAAUGAUUGCUAUGAUAGUCACACACUUUCCAUGUACAUUUACAAGUAUCUGAACAAAUGACGCUGAAAGGGUAAGCUACAUGUCACUGCAGUCCAAGCUUGUACAGAAAGUUUUCAUGAUUUUAAGAGACCACUUCUCAUUUGCCACGGUAAAAACCUCCACUACUAGAUAACGCCAACAGAAGAAUAAGAACAGGGAAACAUCCCCCUUUUAGGAAAUGAGCCUGUUCGAUUGAUCAUCGGGGUCUCUGUAGUGUCUCUUUGCGGUAUUCUGCAUUUUUGUGAGAAAAUAAUUAUGAUUUAUGAUUGUAAAUGAUCUUUUAAAUAAGCACGUGUCUCCGGACUGACCGGAUAUGUUCAAGCGCUUAACUAAAUAUGUACUCAUUUUUGUCGUAUUCGCUGACGUAGACACCACAUGUCGACCAGAAAUACGAUGGACACAGGGCGGCGUUAGCUUUAAGGUCUACAUAUUCGUGUUAUUCCUUCUAAAGGCAUUUGGACAGCUUCUUGUUUCUUUAGUAUAAAUUUCACGAAAGAAUCAAUGGUAACGAUGAUCAGAGACAUAAAGCCACAGAUGACACAAUCUAAAAUAUCCUCAUGGUGGCUUUACCAUAUUUGUAGAAAAUUGCCGUAAGAGGUGAACAACCAUGGUGUUUCAGGAACUUAUGCACGCUCAAUAUUUUGUCAGCCCUCACAAAAAUCAGCAUGUACGAAGGGCUGAAAUUCAAGCUACGGUAGUCGUUGUUGAAAUGCAUAUUCGUAUAUUUUAAUUCAUUUAAAAAUGUAGAGAGUAGUUGUGUUUUUACCUGUACAAACCCUCUUUUAAAAACUCUCCAACCGCUACUUGAAUUCAGUGAAACUUUCUUGGUAUUUAGGACACUAUUUGUAGAUGUUCAUUUACCAAGGAAUGUUGGCCCUUUUGAACUUAGAAUAUUGGCCCUAUAUUGAAAGUAGUAAUGAGGUGUAUGUAAGCGCAACUUCUCUAAAUUCAAAGUAAUACACUUAAUGGAUUUUUUGGCAAUUUUUGCCCUUUUAGAUUUAGAAUUCUGUAUUAUUACAACAUAUGUGCACAUUAGCAGCAAGUUUUGAGCUGAUUAUGUGCUCUGUCAAAUUAGUUUUGUGUAUAAUGCAUAACUUGCUAUUCAAUAUGGGUUAUAUUGUCUAGCAAUGGAAAGGGGGUAAAUGACCUAGCUCACUUUUCUUUCAUUAUGAUGUACAUUUAUCAUACGUUAUAUAACGGACGUGUACGUGAAAAACAAUUAUUGUUUAAAUAGUACAAUUAUGAAUUUUUAUACCAAUCUGCUAACAAUUAGACAUGUGAAGAUGCUCCUCGACGAUACUCAGUAAAGCAUCAGAACGAUUUUACAAGUUACAUUAAUAUUGAAUUCAGACUAUUAGCUUUGCAUUCUUGUUCACUUUCAUUUUCUUCAAAGCUUUUGGAUCAGGGUUAUAACAGUUUGCUAGUGUGGCUCAGGUGAGUGAUGUGGCCCCUGGGUCUCUUGUUUUUUUUUUUUUACUUUGUUUGUGUGUGUGCGAUCUAUGGUAGUUUGUUAGUACACACGGUCACUGUAGGGCAAUCGAUUCGUUCGUUUUGUAUAUUAUUUUUAUGUAUUAUCUAGCCAGACAAUAAAAUAAACUAAUAUCGUCAUGAAUACCAUCAUGGGUUUUUGCAUGAGAGAUUUGAUAUGAAACCUUCAUGUCAAUGUUUAUUAAAAGUUAAAAAAAAACCCUGACAUAUUUGGUUUUGAUGUCUCAGUUUGGUUUUCAUACACUUCUUAAAGAGUAGUGCUAUUCUAUUUGUUGAAGCAGUGUUCAAUAAUGUCUAGUCAGAAUAACAAAAUUUCAGUUUUCAUGUUGCAUAAAACCUUAAUUUAAAUUUUUAUUUAAAGUCAACUUCAAAUUACAAAAACAUUCAUUUUGAAAUGGGGGUUAUUCGUAUUUAGGAAAUUUGUCAGAGGGGAAAUACAUCAAGUGGAAAGAUGGAGAUCCACAGCAUGCAAAUCUUGCAUUCGACCUUUAAAUGUCUAGAUACAAGAGUACAGUUUAAGAUAAGACUAAAUACAUUUUAAGUUUAAUUCAUUAAAGUCUACAGUGAUCGCCUUAACCUUUGUAGCAUGGAAUUAUUGGAAUGGUGUUGAGGCAAUCAAGACCUACGUUACAUUUUUUUAUUAAAUGGUAACAAAUACCCAGAUGGCAUUAUUAUUCAUUGUGGGGAAAACAACAUUGGACAACAACACAGCAUUCUUAGGGGAUUCAGAUGAUGAUGAUGUUCUGGCUAAAAAUUAAGGAACGAUUACCAAAUUUUAA